AUGUCUGUGUACUUGACUUUGGGCGCCCUGCUCGCAGGAUGUCUGGUCGCUGUCGGGCUAUCAGCCAUCGUCGGCUUUCAGACGGCGAUGUACUAUCUAGUGUUCCCUCAGGACACGACGGCAUACAAAAUAUUGGUCGGCUGGAUUUGGGCGCUCGACACUGUACACACCGUCAUCAUCUGCGCUGCGGUAUGGCUCUACACUAUUAGCAACUACAAUAACCCCGCCAGUCUCGCGCACAUAUCCUACACUAUUCCGGUUAAUAUCAUCUUGACCACUAUCAUCACAUUGAGCGUGAAUGCGUUCUAUGGGUGGCGAAUCCAUAAGCUGAGCAAGGGGAACUGGUGGAUAACGUGUCCCAUCAUUGUCCUCUCGCUCGCUCGACUCGGCACGGGUUUCGUGUCCUCUAUCAAGCUGCAAGUGCUGCAGCAGCCCAAUUGUCUACGUCCCGCGCACUCAUACUUAAGCGCGAUCAUCUCUGCCAUCACCGACAUCUAUAUUGCUAUCGCACGAUACUGGUACCUGCGAAAGCUCAAGGAAGGUCUCACUGGCACGCGCGAGAUGGUCGACGCCACCAUCGUCUUCACGAUCAAUGAUGGCGCGCUCACUUGCCUUGUCGUCAUCGCUUUCAUUGCCUGUUGGAUUUCGAUGCCGCUCAACUACGUGUUCUUGGGCAUUUACUUCUCCCUGACGAAGCUUUACAGCAACUCCCUUCUUGCAACUUUGAACCUCCGUAAUUGGUACCGGCACAGGUAUGACAUCCCCCGCCGACAGCCGCUCGGCAUCGUCAUGACGCGCGGCGGUGGGACCUCCGGCUACCCUCUUGGCAAAGUCCGCACACCGCGCUCCCAAGGAUCUACCGGACACUCGGAUAGGGACUUGGACAUGCAUGCUUGCCCCGAUGAAUCGAACUCAACGCCCGGAAGGCUGGAGAUCAUGAUAGACACAAAACGACAAGUAACGUAUGACCAUAGCGAGGUGCAACUGUUCGAUCAUCCAGGCGAGCCAGAGCAGAAAACGCAUGUCCAUUCUUUCCCUCCAGCAGCUGUUAGUGCCUGA